AUCCAAUAUCCAGGAUAAGGGCGAUAUGGCGGACAUGCAUAACCGAACUCGCUUACGUAUACCUAUAUCGUGUUCUGUGAUCAAAUAUUUGUGUAUGGUCUUUUUAUUUUUGUAAAUGAAGUAACGUAAGCGUGGCUAAUCAAGGCACGAAAAGAAAAAUGAGCAGCUCUGAGGAGGUUUCAUGGAUUUCUUGGUUUUGCGGACUUAGAGGAAAUGAGUUUUUUUGCGAGGUUGAUGAAGAUUAUAUACAAGAUAAGUUCAAUUUGACUGGGCUUAAUGAGCAAGUACCACAUUAUAGACAAGCGUUGGAUAUGAUUUUGGAUUUAGAGCCUGAUGAUGAUUUGGAUGAUAACCCAAACCAAUCUGACCUUAUAGAGCAAGCAGCAGAAAUGCUCUAUGGUUUGAUACAUGCAAGGUACAUUUUAACAAACCGAGGAAUUGCUCAGAUGGUUGAGAAGUAUCAGACUGGCGAUUUUGGAUUCUGUCCUAGAGUGUACUGCGAGUCUCAACCAAUGCUCCCUCUAGGUUUAUCUGAUGUUCCUGGAGAAGCAAUGGUAAAGACCUAUUGCCCUAAAUGUAUGGAUGUUUAUACGCCAAAAUCAUCCCGUCAUCAUCAUACAGAUGGAGCUUAUUUUGGUACUGGGUUUCCACACAUGCUUUUUAUGGUUCACCCUGAGUAUAGACCUAAGCGCCCAACUAAUCAAUUUGUUCCCAGAUUAUUUGGUUUCAAAAUCCACCCGUUGGCAUAUCAAUUGCAGCAACAGGCUGCGUCCACAUUCAAAUGCCCUCUCAGAAACUUCAAUAAUGGCAAACGUUAAAAUCAAAUCAAUUUUAUGUCAACAUUGUAAUAGAAUUGUGGAGGAACAUGUUAGUUUGAAGUAACUCUCAAAUUUUUCUUUCUCAAAUUCUAAUAACUUAUGAUUAUGGAACUUGUAUUACCCUGAACCUAAUUAAGGCUACAAUAAAAAACAAACUUGAUUGUUAUCCAAUCUGUCUGGUUGGUAAAUUGGAGGCCUACUUGUUCCACCCCUACAAACUUGACCCCCAUCUGCAUUGCAAGCAGAUUUAUAUUGAUUCUUUUGUUAUUUUUAGUAGUAUGAUUUCAAUAAAUCUGAGUUUAUUGCUU